AUGGCCGAGGAGGACAGGAAGGGCUCCAAGUUCCUGAAGAAAAGCAAAUGGGGCAAGAUAUUCAAGGAGGAUGACUCGGGAAGGACUGAGCGGCAGGGCACGUUCAAGCUUAACGAGGACGUCGUGGACUUUCUUAAACCGAGUACGGAGAAGAGCGUGCCGAAGAUCGACAUUGCGAUUGCGAAGCGCUGGCCGGCCGCGUACGAGGUGCGAAAUGCCGCAGCAGGUGACACUCCACCGCCGGUACGGUAUAUGAAGCCCAAGAGGAGGGAAGGCUUGAUGGUGAGCUUCGUCAGGACGCUGCCAGAGAUCAUCGGCGAGGGCGGAGAUGAGUCGCAGGUGCCGACUCGGGAGAUAUCGAGACAUAAGGCGCUGGUGCAAAGGUCGGUCUCGGAUAGAAGACCAGGAUCACAUGAGUACGGACGGCAAGGCCAUAGGUCACCUCCUAUAGUCCCAACAAGAGAUCCACAGCUACAGCCUCAAAUACGGGAGGAGCAAGAGUUGGUACCGACGCCCUUGAGGAGAGCCCAGACAUCGCACGACGAAGAAUCCCUUGGAGUACAGAGAAAGCAUACCUCUCCUCUGCCAGAGCAGGUCAUACCGCACCACCCGAGUCUAGGGAGAGUGCCCACAGGGUAUAGCGGCUUCCAUACGGAUCAUUGGGGUCACACUACUCCCACGGAAACGCCAAUUGACGGAGCAGACCUUCCGAGCGGAAGCGAGCGACUUCGAUCUCGAGACCGUCCCAUAAUCGAUACAAAUUUUUCGGUCAGGGAGUCCGAGAAGCCCUCCGCGUCGUCUUCACGAUACUCGCAGGCUCCUGGUGGCUACUCCGGUUGCGGGCCAGAUCGCGCUCUUUCACCCAACGAUGCUCUAUCUCCAGUCAUGAAGAAGGGGCGAGAGAUGACCAAAAACGAAGGCAUGGUUUUGAGGCGUGCAAGCAUGUUGAUACAUCAAGGCCAAGACCUGGAAGAAGUUAGCCCACCGCAAACGGGGCAUGAGAAGGCCGAACCUCCAGAUCAGCAAUCCUCGUCUUCGCUUGGCUCUUCGCAGCCGCAAAUCUCCUCGCCGGCCGAGCCUGAGUCUGGAUCAUUGCCCGCAACUCCUGAUACACCUAAUCCGUUUGCAGAUCCCAAAUACAUCAAGAGACACUCCAAGGAAAGAGCUCCUGCGCAGGCACAAAACCAACCACAAUCGCAGUCUCUACGGCAGACAGCUCGCCAGCAGAACUAUGGACGACCAGACCAUCCAUCUGAACCGUAUGCUUUGCAACCAAGGAAAUCAUCCUUGCCGAGUGACCAGCUAGUGGAUCCAUCACGAGCAGCUCAGAUCCCCAGUGAAACCAGUCGGCACGUCCCACAGAUUUCACAGCCUCCAAUGAGCCAUCAGAGAACGCCGUCUCAGGUACAACAAGACCUGCGUGCGGUGCCAGCCUCUGGAGCUGAAAGCGUCCCCUCGAGACCCGCACCGCCUCCAUCAAAAUGGCAAAAUAUGAAUUUACCUCAGGCUUCAUCUCGAGAAAGGUCCAAAUCUCCGGCUCUACGGGACCGCAUUUUCGAUUCUUCUACAGGGUCAUGGGAAAGACCUCAGCUGUUUACCAAGCCGAACGGCUCUUCUUCCAGCGUGAAUCAUUUCUCACCGAGUGCCUCGCACUCCCGCACAAACUCACAGGACGGAUCUCCACAGCUGCUACAGCCAGCUGGAUCUGGCUUGCAACAAAACUUGUCUCCACAGUCACCGCAAUAUCGCAAUCAGAUGUACAGCCAAGAACAAGGAUCUAGGACAUCACUUCUUGGUCCAGGCAGGGGAUCAUCUCCGAAACCUCGUGAAAGUCUUGAUGAUCGCAAACUCCCAAGCAGAUCUCCACAACCUCAACCGGUUCGGUCCGCGGUCAACCAGCUUCGAUCAGAAGAUGCUGCACGACCCUCCUCUGCCAGUUCUUGCUUAUCCGCUUCUCGGCCCUCAGUGUCGCCACAGCCACCCGAGCUUGGCAACCCUGCCGCAGAUGCUGCCUAUGCAGAUUUCGCAGCACGAGUAGCUCACAUGAAAGGCGUCUUCCGGUUGACAGCUGAGAAGGAGCAAUCGUUCGACCGAUGCACGGCAUCCAUGUGGUUGAAAGCAGGGCUCUGGUGGUACUUGAAAGGGAAAUCAGGCCUCGAAACAAUGCUUCAGCAACGAAAGCCGCAUGAGCAACCCAGAGAGCUUCUGACCCAGGCGCAUGUUGAUCUUGCGAAAGCUUGGUGGAUUCUUUCAGAUGCGCUGGAGUCUUUCGACAAUGUUGGUGAAUCCGCUGCUCCUGAUGAUAGAGCUGUUCCAACGCCAGAAGAGGCCCUACGACAGGGAGUGUCGUCGCUUCAAAGCCACAUGAAGUCGCUCGCGCUGUCGAUGAUCAAGAGCCAUCUUUUACCUCCCACACAAUCUCUGAUCCAAGGGCAGGAUACUCGCAUAUGGUUAGAAUACCCUCGAUUCACUCCUGACGCUGCCGCCGUUCUUGGAGGUAAUGCCAAGAACUCAAUUCUAGUGGACGAUGGACAUCCAACAGUCAAUCCGUACGACAUGCUUCCUCUUGGAGACACUAGAGACGCUUUCUGCUAUGGGCGGUUCCCUGUCGAAGUGUAUCUAAAUGCCGAAGAUGCGGAGACAGAUCGUAUUGUGCUACCUUGCAUGCUCACAGUGCUUCGCGGCAAGAAAGAGUAUCAAACCACGCUGGCGAUUGCCAGUCAGAGCGACUUGGUCAACGUCAAAGUUGGUCCUCGUCAAACAGAGAAAAAGAUCUUGACGUGGUCGGAGGUCUCCUGGAAAGCUAGCUCGUCUGGUAUGUCGAUUCGCCUUCCUCGAAACUUCGACCUGAGCGUUCGCAUGCAGGAUCGUGACUUUCGUGCCGUCUGGAACCUGUCCGAGUAUGCUCGCAAAGUGGAGAAAAGCUUGCGACCGGAGACGGACGAGCAGUUGGUGCACGAGGCGAGACUUGCUGAGCUGCAAUACGCCGACUCUUCCAACACGAGCGCUUUUCCUCCCGAAAAAAUCAAAGGCUGCAUGGCGCUCAUUUUUGAGCGGACUACCCCACAUAGCGAUGGGAGCGGCAUGCGUCGAUUACAUCGUGGCUACAGGAUGUUGCUGAUUACAGACCCCGGACACAAGACGCUGAGCAGCGCCAGUCAUGAGGUCUGCCGAAGAACACCCCUUUAUUUUGAGUACUUGACAGACUCUGCAGCGAACGGCACCACCGCGAUGGUCAUCCGCGUUCGCGAGGAAAAUCGUCAAUGCCGAGUCCUCCUUGUCUUUCCUGACAUGGGAAAGCGACAGGAGCUCUAUGACAUUCUCAACGGAUUGACCAUUGGCCAUGAAGAGACGAUUGUGGCCAAGGUCACGUUGACAAGCCUGAAUAUUGAAGCCGCUUCACAAUCAGCAGGAUUCUCACAGUCAGGACAUCCUGCGCUACGGAAUUUGCAAUGGCAAAGACUGGGUAUCACGAACGGGCAGCCCGACGAUCCUAAUAGCAGAAUUCCCAGCACGGUGCAGUCAGAAAGUCUUCGCAUCGUUGCCGGACACAGUAUAGGCUGCGUGACGGAUCGACUGAACCUUGGCAAAGGAGAGUUGCAAGUUCGUCUACCCGCCACGAAUACUCCAACAAUACAGAUUCUCCGCCAGGCACAGGAUGACUUUACUACGUCAAUUGAUACACGCAAUGCACCGCGUGAAGUGACUGACGGGAUGGCUCAGCUUUUGAACACGGUUCAACAGCAGUCCACCAUUCGUACCUACACAUUCGCCAGUGCCAGCGAUCUACACAUGUUCCAGAUAGCGAUCACCGGGUUUGGUGUUCGCUUUGAUGGCACCGCAAGCACAUUGAGCAUCUCACGACGACGCAUGGUGGUCCCCAUCUAUAAAAAGUGGGAAGCUUCGAAUGUGCGGAUUCAGCUCGUUUCCAAGGAUGCGAUUGUGCAACUCCUCGCGUGCAUGGAGGACUUCAGCCAUGCCGACGCGUUGUGUUUCCAGGUCAAGUCGACCGACACGUUUGAAUCGUUGAAGGGUGAUAGCAAGCACAACAAGUGGAGUAUCAAGCUGGUCGACGCCAAGUUCUCGCUCCCUAGCCAAGAGAAGGGCGAGGUGAGCGAGGAGGACAAGCUGAAGAGACGAUUUGUCAACUUGGAAGGGCUUGAGUAUGCCGAGGAGCAUGACGAUAUCAUCAUCACGUUCGAAACGGAACAAGGCACGUCUUCCAUCGUAUCACGCCAUUACUGAAGGCGACACAUCCGAUUGCUAACCGAGCAUACAGAUCGCGACAGGUUCGCCCAGGCAUUGCCUGCUGCUACGAGUGCAUCGCGAGGCUUGACGCUCAAGCGGCGCAUAUGA